AUGUCUGGGGGAAAUUCACCCCCGCUCAUCAGCACUCCCGGCCCGUCUCACAAGGGACGACAGGUGAUGCCUCAAUCAAGCAGAUACCAACCAACGCCAGCAGCUCGUAUAGGCUCGAUGGGACUCGGGACGGACAGUCUGCCCGGGCCUUCGGUCGCGGCCCAGAGGACUCUGAGGAUCGAACCGGAGGAAGAUAAUCUUCCCUCGUUGACCGAUCCCUCUGGGCCCUCUCGGCCGCGGAAGAAGGCCAGGUCCGAGUCUGACCGAGGUUCAUCGAGCGAUAAGGACAAGCGUCCCAGACUAGGCCCUUCCUCCAGAUCGGAGGGGGAGGAUGGUUCGACCACGUCCUCAGCUCAUUCCUCGACAGAAUCAGUCACUCCCUCUUCGUCCAGAUCUUCGUCCCCCUCUGGGAGUCCAAUCCCAGCUAAACCCAUUCCGAAACCUAGGGCUCCCGCCAGGACAGGGAUAGCCCUAAGGCAACAACGAUCCCCUCCUCGUUCUCCCUCCCCAACGCUUUCCCCUAUCCCGGUAGACUCAACCCGAGGUGCCCCCGCCCUAAGCGGCACGGCGGGUAACCUGGAUUCGACCAGGUAUAUGGACCUCGAGUCUACCAGACCACACGUCCCAAAGCCCAAUCCCAUCCCUUCUACCUCCUAUGCUGCCAUGGCAGCUAGGCCAGGUGCUCCCACCACCCAGAGGACUUCCCAAUCCUCACAAGUCCCUCCCCCGAGGCCGAAGGGUCGUGCCCAGGAGAUGCCUUCGAAGGUGGCGGUCCGGGGCCUCCCUGCCGACACCGACGAGGCAGAAAUCGUCAAUGCCCUGAAGGAGCUGGGAUUCCCGGCUCGAUAUGCCAGGUGCAUUAGGUCCCAGAGAGGGCGUCCGGGCUGCGUGUUUCACGUAGCCCUGGAUCACCUCUCGAAGGACGGUCUCGCCCGCUUACGGUGUGCGGUCUACCGCAAACGGGCCAGGAUGAUGGGAGUAACCGUCCCUCCUCCUGCACCUCAGGCGCCUCGAGCCGGGAGUGCAGCUCUUCCGGCAUCCGAACCAGUAGCAAAAUGGAAGGGGAAGGGGAAAGGGAAAUCUUCCCAGCCCCCUCCCCCUUCCCACUCCGCUCCGUCUGCUGUGGUGGUGGAGGCGUCGCCAUCGGCGUCUACACUGAUGGCACAGGCCAACCCACCACGGCAGACAACCAAAUCCAAGCCUACUCCUGCUCCCCGUGGUCGAACUACUGCUGCUCCAUUGCCACAACAAACACCUUGCCCGACUAGCGGUCUUACGACAACAAAAAACAGGGAAAAGAAUAGACGCAAAAAAUUGAAAAAAAAGGCAAGGAAAAAGGAAGAAAAAGCAAGAAGGGGCAUACCAGAGCCUAUAGUGCCGGAUCCCCCAUCGAGAGCCCAUGUUGAAACCAUGGAGGUCUCUGAGGCCUCCCCACCAACCCAAUUAUCGACAACAAGCCCGCAAUUGCCUUCGGCCCAUCCGGCCGAAGGUAAUUUAGAUAACUUAAAUAGUCAGCCCCCCCUCCCCCCCCGCCCUCAGCGCGAGCGCCGCAGCGGUCGACAGGCCUCUCAGCCUGCCGGUUUUGCUGCAUGGCUGCUGGCACUCUGGGAGAACUUGGCCGAGGUGAUCUCCGGAGUCAUCCGCGAGAUCGCCUCCGGCGCUAGCCCUAUCGGGGCUAUCCUGUCGGGGUUCUACCAGUUGAUAGCGAGGCUCAAUGGCUAG